AUGCUUUUCUUGAAUCUAUCACAGCUUCUCAGCAGCUACGAAAUUUUGCUGAUGAAUUUGCACAAUAUUCUAGAGACGGCAGAGUCCAAUUACAUAAGUCCUUCGAUAGUAGGCAUUGUGUUUUCGAGUGUCACGUUGAUAGCUGCUGUGUCAGCAGCUACAGUCAUCGACCGCUUUGGAAGGAAGAUAUUGAUGAUUAUCUCCAGUUUUCUCACGGCUUUGUGUCUACUAGCCGUUUCCGUCUAUUUUCAUAUGAAGUAUCUCGAGUAUGACUUGAGUCACAUCAGCUGGUUGCCGACGGUCGCCGUAAUGGCGUACGCGGUAUCGUUCAAAUUCGGACUAGGGAUCGUUCCGAUUGUCUUAACUUCCGAAAUAUUCGCGCCGAAAAUGAAAGCGAUAGGUAUGACGCUAGCAGACGGGAUGUACGUCGUUUCUUCCAUAGGCGCGUUACAGCUGUACUUUUUUUUGAGAGACGCGUACGGGAUACACGUGCCGUUUUAUUUGUUCUCUUUUUGUACGUUCCUCGCAGGACCGUACGUGUGGUUGUUCGUGCCGGAGACAAAGGGAAAGACUUUAGACGAGAUACAGAACGUUUUGAAGGAACCGAGGAUCUUGAUGAUAGGGAGAAGGGGUUGA